UUUUUUUAAAAAUUCCUGUCUUAACUUUAAAGCAGCAUUCAAACUGCUUUUUUUUACUUAAGACAAGUGAACAUGUAGAGACCGUGUGUAUUUACGGAUUUUUAACAUGUUUAUAAGGUUUGCCAUGUACACCCUUAAGUCCCUUUUGACGGUGCACUAUUCAAUAAAUUAUAUAACAAGUUUACUAAAAUAGAAUGCUGGACGGAAUAGUUAAUAGCGCAUUGUACCAAAAAUUAUUACCAGAAGCAAGUUUAGUUUAGCUACGGCAGCAAUAGUUGAGUUAUAAAAACGCAAGUUAAGAUUGAGACCCUGAUAAUUAAAUCGAAUCUCGCUUGCCAAAGGAAGUAAAAAAAAUCUGGAUAAACGAGACACGAGGGAAUUAUUUUAAAACCUCCGAAAAUCAAAGAUUUCUGACCAGCCUCCACUAGGGCCAUGUUUGCCUCGCCGUCUGAUAUGCAAAAAGAGACAAUAGGUCGUGGGAUCGAUUUAGAGAUCACAUGUUUUUUUAAACUCUGCGUACUAAAGAAAUGUUUGUCAACGGACGUUAUGAGGUAUGUUGGUAUAUAGAGUGCAAAAAUCGAAUGUGGAGAUGUUUGUUUUUAGCGUGUUUUUUUUUGUUUGUUUUUUGUUUUUUUACCAUCAAUUUUAUUGAUUUUAUUAAUGAUGGCAAUAGAAUCUUGGAACACUUAAAUUUACAGAACUGUGAAUAAAAAUAGCUUUUUUAUGAAAGCUUACAGCAUGAAAAAAUUUGAAUUUAAAUACCAUAGGGAUAUUACAGUGCUUAGUCGCAAUAAACGAAAUGAUAUCUGUGUUUUAUGUAUCUUUGAUAUUAAAAUGUUAAUAAUUUUUCUCCUUCAAAGAUUCUGAAACAUAACCCAGUUUUAUAACAUAUGUAUAACAGUAUCAUAUUCUACAUAAUAAAUAGCACUGUGUGGACAAGUAAUCCCAGCAACGAAGAGAUUGACUGAAUAUGCAAACCAGACGGCACGGCUUGUUUGGAAGGUGAAAGUAGAUGAUAGGUACGAAUGGAUUCUAGAUAUGGAACUUUUCUUUGGACGUUCAAAUAGAAAACUGUUCCACAUUUUCCCCAGAGGAUGAUUCAGAAGAUAUGAAAAAAAAAGUUUUAAUGACAGAUUCAAGUGGACAAUGAAUAGCACGCACUUUGCUUUAUAUAUUAAAAAAUUGAAUUAUGCCGACACAGGUGUUUUUUAUUUGUCGGUAAUUUUUAUGAAGAUAAAUCCGAUUGUAAACGUGACACAAGCAAAAAAACCAAUAUACGUGAUUGUGAAAGAACCACUUCAUUUGGAAAAGAAAUCAAAGAAAGAAGAAAAAAGAAAAGAAGAGAAAUCAAAGAAUACAUGGCUGUAUAUCACCAUUGCUUCCCCUGUCUUUUUGGUUGUCGCUGCUUUGAGCUGCUUUGCAUAUAGGCGCUACAAACGUUUUCGUUCAUUAGUGAUGAUUUUAGGAAGGAAAGAAGAACCAAACGCCAGAAGCAAUUUGCCUGAAAACAUACCUUUACAUGCCAACGACUCCAAGAAGCUAUUCUGAUAUUAAAGCUGCAGCGGUUGCUAUGUGAUAUAUAUAAAUGAAAAUGAACAUUAAAAGUUUUAGAUAUAUGUGCGAUAAGUUCAAAAAAUAAUUUGAACUAAAAUAAAAAUUUGUAAAUAUGUUGAAAUGACGUUGACACGAGGAAAAAGGGACGCCUGGAGGCAUCUAAUCCGUAUGACUUAGAAUAGAAACGUUGUCUUCCCUGGUAGGUGACAGGUGAACCAUAUAUAAAGUAGUCUGUCAGUGACAAUAAUUUAUUUUAGUUUGGACUUUUGAAAAUUAAAAUUUUAGGAAAUAGGACUUCCAGAGUUUCUCUUAAUUAUUAAAUAAGAUUUUUUGAAUUGAAGUUUACUUAUUAACUGUGUGUUAACUGUAUUUAUUAUUGUCUAAAAUUAUGAAACUCUUCAUUUAUGCCAUUUAACUGGUUUUGGCAGCAAAGUUGCUGUUAUCCUAAUCUAUGUAAUAUGUGUCUCACCUUAGAAUGGAAGCCGCGAAGAGCCUACCGAGAAGUCUUUUUUAGCUGCUGAGAAAUAUUUUCUAACUGCCAAGAAAUCUUUCUUAGAUAUAUUUUCUUUGCCUGGUGGUUUCAAUUCAAUACUAUCCGGCUUUUAUAAGCCAACUCUGGAAAUAUUGGUUGAAGUAGUUCUGUAUCACUAAAAGGUGAGGAGGAAUUACUGGAGGAGGAAUUACUGGGGGAGGAAUUACUGAUUUUUAUUGGCAAAUUUUUGUCAAUUUCCUUUUUAAUUUCAUCAUCUAAGUCAUCGUCUAUUGCAAUGGUUUUAUCAUUCUGAAUACUGUCAUGCGGAAGCAUUGUUGUAGUGAGACAUAAAUGUAAGUCUAUUUUCCCAUAAGGUUUCAGUAACUCCAGAGAUAGAGAAAUGUUCCUUCUAGCACAGUCGCGCACGCGCACGAACACACGCCCCCGGUCAAACCCAACAAAUCCCCAUCAUCCAGUGCUUAUCCAUAUAGUUCAAGGGUAAGUCCCUAAUAGGCAGUGCUUACUCAUGCAUAAUGAGGUAAAUUCCCUAUCAUACUGCAAAUGAGUAAAAGAAAGUUCUCUCACACCUAGAGGGGGAAUUCCCCUACAUAGUGAUGACGUCUUUAAAAAUCAACGCAUGCGCAGUCAAGAGGUGAACUGUGUUAGUAGAGCAAGAUGAAAUCCUCCGACAAAAUAAAAAAUUAUUACAAUAAAGAAUGAACACGAAUACCGUGAAACAAUUACGAGAUAUCGCUAAAAACCGUGGGUUAACCGGAUAUUACAGGCUACGCAAGGCCGAAUUGAUUACCGUAUUAAAGGAUGUACAACAGAGGCCCGUCAGACCUGCAACACCAGAGGCCAUGGACCUCUUUGAGAAACAGGAACUAUCAAAAAAUCGUUCCAUCGUGAAAAACAAGAUGGGUGGAUGGUACAAUAGUAAUAUGACGUUAAUCUUUCAGGGUAGCGACGUAGAUGUUGGACAGAAUGUUUGCUAGUAUCAAAACACGCGUGGAACAUCCAGCACUGCGGGGACCAUAAGGCGGUUAAAAUUACGAUGGAAAACGAGGCUGAAAAAUGGUUAUUCUACAGGGAUGACCAACAACAAUUCAAGGUACCAUUUUGCAAUAUACGCAGACUUCGAGAGCCUGCUAAUCCCGGUAGAGGAUGCCAAGGAGACCAAGACGAAAAGGCUAAGUAAGCAUGUACCAUCUGGAUGGUGUACCUAU